CAUUAUCUGCCCACUCGCUGCUUUCCCUUCGGUCACUUGUCUCAACUGAUCGCAGGACGCAAAGACAUGUGUAAUGACUGACAGACGAAGAAUCAAUGGGCCGCCUAGCGGCACGAGGCCUGCGGUGUUCGCCUCCUCUCUCAAGUCCACCUCCGGCGCUGUCAUAGAAAGACCUCGGCGUCAUAGACAACCUAAUGAGUUGCGCAAGAUCUUCCUCAAGACGGGGUUGAUCCCUUCAGCUUCCGGCUCCGCAUACCUCGAAUACGAACCGUCUGCCUCCCUCGCCGCAGCUCGUUCCUCCCCUAAGUCCUUGAUCCCCCCCUCGUCGGCGCUGAAGCUCGCCUGUACCGUCCAUGGACCGAAACCCCUCCCCCGGUCGGCGACCUUCUCGCCCAACCUCGUCCUUACAACCCACGUGAAAUACGCGCCCUUCGCUGCCCGCCAACGGAAGGGACACAUCCGGGACGCCAGCGAACGCGACCUGGGCGUGCACCUUGAGACUGCGCUCCGAGGCGUCAUCGUCGCGGAACGGUGGCCGAAGAGUGGCCUGGAUAUCACGAUCACCAUCCUCGAGGCCGAAGACGAUCGUUGGUGGGGGGAUGCGCCCGACUCGCACGACGCUCCCUGGGGCAUGAUGAACGUUCUGGCCGGGUGUAUCACGGCCGCGUCCGCAGCCAUUGCCGACGCGCGCAUCGACUGCUUGGACCUGGUGGCGGGCGGCGUGGCUGCCAUCGUCUCUGACGACGAAGUCACCGAGGAGGGAAAACGAACGCCCAAGUUGAUGCUGGAUACGGAUCCGGCCGAGCACAAGUCCAUUCUGUCUGCGUGCGUGGUCGCUUACAUGCCUGCUCGGGACGAGAUUACCGAGAUCUGGCUCAAGGGCGAUCACUCCAAGGCUUCUUUGGGGGUGGAUGAUAGCAGUCUGAACCAUGAAGCGCUGAUUGAUGGAGCGGUCAAUGCGGCGCGCGGAGCUCACACCGUCCUUGUCGAAGCCGUCAGGGAAUCGGCUGAACGCUACGCUGGGUUGACGUGACGACAGGCGACUUGUGAAAAGGAAGCAAGAAGCAUUAAUGAAAUAUAGCGGAUCAAAAGAAUAAUGCCAUGCUGUUGUCGAU